CCUUGUCGAAACAUAUACCGGUGUGUUUGCUGAAUAUCUCAAACCCUCUUUAAAUUUUUGGAUUUAGGAAGAAUUAAAUUAAGUAAUUACAACAAAUUACUCUUAUCUUUAAGACCUCUGUUUGACCUUUAGCAGUGAUGAACAACGAGGCGAAUAUCGAAACACCGCUCACAACAAAUGGCAGUGAUUUUCUAGAGGAAAGUAACAAAAAUAGAGAUCACGACAUACAGCCCGAAAACCUUAAAACUGAGGUCAUUACUCAUAAAGACUUAAAUGAAAAUUCAUCAGUUGUUGAGGAAAGUUUAAAUGAAAGGGAACCUUUGCCCCAAUCGGAGAUAGAUUUGCAUUCAGAAAAUAAUGUAUCGGAAGCUAUAAUUGACGACAAUAAUCAAUUGGAAUCAAAUUCAGAAGAGGCGUUGCAAGAAAUUACUGAUAAUACAAACACUGAAACCGAAACACUUGAAAACGGAAGGACUACUGAGGAUUCCUGUGAAAAUCCUCAAGAUAAUUUGGACGACUCAAAAGCUGACGAAUCGAAUAGCUUAGUUGAAGAUAAUAGUAAAUCCGAAAUUCCUGAAAAUAGUAGUUUUACCAAUAUGAAAGAAUACGAACAAAUUAAUGAAAACCAUAUUGAAAAUUGUAUUCCUAGCAGUGACGAAAAGACUGAGGAAAUUACAAUGAAAUCUGAUGUGCAAUUGGACACUAAAGAAGAAAGUGAUAUUGUUGCAGAAAGUACGAGUAUAAAGGAAGAGAGCGAAGAAAAUAUUGAACCGAAAGAAGAAAUUUACGACACAGAAAGUCCAAUCACAAUGGAGAAACCCGAGCCAACAAUUAGUGCAGAAGAGCAAGAAAUUAAGGAAGAUAUUGAAAACUUACAAACUGAAACAGAAUCGAAAGGAGAGAGUAAUGAAGAUAUUGCUGAAAAGAAGGAAGAAGAAAAGGAAGAACAAUGGGUUGAUGUGUUAGGUACUGGAGCCCUUUUAAAAAAGACUAUUAAAAAGGGUUCAGGAGAGAAGCCAACUCGUGGAGAAUGCAUUUUCAUUAAUUUACAAAUUUUUCUUAAAGAAACUGAUAAACUUAUAGAAUCUUAUCCCAAUUUAGAAUUUGUAGUAGGAGAUGGUGAUGUAAUUCAAGCUAUUGAACUCGCUGUAACACUUAUGCAGAUAGGAGAAGAAGCUGAAGUAUUAUCCCAUCCUAAACUAUGCGAAACAGGAUUAGGGAAAGAAUCAAAAAUGCCUACAAAUGUUGAUUUAAAAUUUGUCAUUAAGCUAUUGUCUUCCAAUGGCAAACCAGAUUAUGGUAAAAUGUCAGCCAAGGAAAGGUAUAUUAUUGGGGAUAAAAAGAGAGAAAGAGGAAAUCUCAUGUAUACCAGAGGUCAUUUUACCGAAUGUAUUUUAAUCUAUUCAAAAGCGUUAACUGUUUUAAACUCGUUGGGCGAAUCACCGACUGAUACCAACACAGAUCUUCAGGCUUUAAUAGAUGUCAAAAUAAAAUGUUAUUCUAAUCUGGCAGCUGCACAAUUAAAAAUUAAAGCUUUCGAAGCUGCAGAGCAAUCCUGCACAGCGGCUCUUACUAUACAACCUAAUAAUGUUAAGGCUUUGUUCAGAAAAGCUAAAGCAGUUAUGAAUAAAGGAGCCGGUGAUCUUGACUUAGCAGCUAAAUUGAUGAAAAAAGCUAUACAAAUUGAUCCUAACGAGAAGGCGAUUCAGGCUGAAUUACAAAAACUUACAACCAGAAUUGAAAAACAAAAUAAAUCCCAGAAAGAAAUAUAUCAGAGAAUGUUUGGAGGUAAAGAAACUGUUCCAGAAAAAGAAGAAGGCAAUAAUUUGGGACGUUCAUGGUUGUGGUUAGCUGGAACAGCCUUAGCUGGAGCCUUAGUUUCAGUGAUAAUAUAUAAGCAUGUUCACUCUUGAUUAGUUUUAUUGUUAAAACUCAAUUAAUACUUUUUACAACAUAUUUAAUGUUCAAAAGAAAAAGUAUAUAUAUAUAUAUAAAUAUUGAUAUAUACAAUUGAUACAACAAGAUAUGCAAUAUAUAUUUAUAUGUACCAUCAAAGGAAAAUAUAACCUUUCAUUAAGAUAUUCAAACAGUAUUUUACAAUUAUAAUAAAUAGCAAAUUAAUAAUUGAACUUUAUCGAUUUUUUUAAAUCAGUUUCAUGGCUUAAACUUAAGCGAAUUUGCAAAUAAUAAAAUACUUUUUUAAGCAGUUAUCUCUAUUAUUAGAGUAAAAAAAACGGUAUAAGAAUCAACAGUUUUAUUAGUUUUCAAUUUUUUUUUUACAAAAUUCAAAGUAUAUUACUAAUAACAAUUAACGUUAAUAAAAGUUGAAGAUUUGCCUAUGAAUAUAUUUAAUAUCUUAGUCGAUGGUCUUCAUAUUCAACAGCCAGAUGUUCGUGCUCUCCUCAAAAUUCCAAAAAUAAAAAUAAACUAUAUACCAAAGCAUUCUUUUGCAGUCUUCCCAAUUCUUCAAUAUUAGUUAGCAGACAAUUUAUAAGAGACCAAAAAACAGACUAAAAUUUAUUAAUUAUUUAAGUUUAAUCUCUUCAGGAAGUACAACUCUUGAGACGAUGGAAUUCAAAUACCUUUUACCUCAUAGAUAUUUCUUCUAAUUCUAAAAAAGAAGUUUAUCCCUCCACUCCUGCUAACAGGUGAGAAUAUGCCAAUGAAAAUAUUCAGUCAAAACAUACAUAUUAAUAUAGUAAAUAUAUAUUUUAAAUGUAUGUAUAGCCAAAAAUUUGAAGUUAAUAAAGUAGCAUCGUCAUAUAUAUCGUUUUUUUUUUGAUCUGCAUGACUUUUAAAUUAAAAAAGUCAGGAACCUGUCGCCCAAAAAAAAAAAAACCCACAAAAAAAAAGUUUAAAGCUUUUGAACACAGUUAACAAAACAUUGGAAAGAUUCGUUGACAAUUAUUCAUCUGCAGACAUUUACAAGAGAAUGAAGUCUUUCUCUCUUUGAACUAUAUAUAAAAUGUUUUUGAAGAUUCAGUUGUCAUCCUAUAUAUGCUGUUAUUAUUAUUAUUAUUAUUAUUA